AUGGCGUCUCUCUCCUUCACCCAAUUCCUAUCAUUUCCCAGAUGCAAUGCAGAUGUUCCUUGUCUCCACUCACUAGGUUUUGUCAAGUUUCAAGGUGGAAGAUUGAAUGGGAAACAAAGCUUUUUCAUGGCCGCUGGUAGGAAAAAGUUAUCAGAGUCUGCACCUCUUGGAGAAGACGAAGAGAACAUUGCAAACGGAGCUGUUGGAGGAAAGAAACCACCCAAAAUCCCUAAGAAAACUGGUCCUCGAACAACGAAGAAGAAAGUUGUAUCAAAGGACGAACCUUUAGAAGAAAGCUCUCAACUUUUGGACAAUGAAAGCGACACAAAGAAAGCAAGUGAGCCACGGAAAACUAGAAAGAAAGCUGUAGCAGCAGCUUCUGCUGAUGUGGAGGAAGGAAAAACCGAGAAGAAAGUGAGAAAGAAGAGGACUACUCCUAAAAAAGACAAAGAAAUGGAGGAUGGUUUAGGUACUACUGCUACAUAUGAUGAGGUUAGUGAUGUUGAGGAAGCAUUGGCUGUUGAAAGCACUGAUGCGGAGAGUGAAGGAGAAGAGAUUGAUCUGAGCAAACAUGAGAGUGAAGAUAUUAGCCAAUCAUACGGAUGGCCUCCUCUUGUGUGUUGUUUUGGAUCUUCACAACAUGCUUUUGUUCCAUCGGGAAGGCCAGCGAACAGGCUUUUAGACUACGAGCGACAGGAACGGAUGAGAGAUGCAGAGUGGAGCCCAGAGAAGUAUAUCCGAGCUCCUGGAGGAUGUGCAGGAGGUGUUGCUAUCGCUCUUGCAAGCUUAGGUGGUAAAGUUGCUUUCAUGGGGAAACUCGGUGAUGAUGACUUUGGCCAAGCCAUGUUGUAUUACCUGAAUGUGUGCAACGUGCAAACGAGAUCGGUUAAGGUUGAUGGUAAAAGGGUCACUGCGUGUUCUACUAUGAAGAUUAGCAAGAGAGGUCGCUUGAAGUCGACUUGUGUCAAGCCCUGUGCAGAGGAUUCACUUUCCAAAUCUGAAAUCAAUGUUGAUGUGCUCAAAGAGGCGAAAAUGUUCUACUUCAGUACACACUCUCUGCUUGAUAAGAAGAUGAUGUCAACUACAUUACAAGCCAUCAAGAUAUCAAAGCAACUAGGGAAUGUGAUUUUUUAUGACUUGAACCUCCCUUUGCCGCUAUGGCAGUCCAGUGAAGAGACCAAGAGUUUCAUUCAAGAAGUGUGGGAUCUUGCGGAUAUAAUCGAAGUCACGAAACAGGAACUUGAAUUCUUGUGUGGAAUCGAGCCGAGUGAAGAGUUCGAUACAAGAAACAACGACAUCAGUAAGUUUGUCCACUACGAGCCGGAGACAGUGGAGCCGCUUUGGCAUGAGAAUCUCAAGGUUUUGUUUGUGACGAAUGGCACUUCCAAGAUCCAUUACUAUACCAAAGAGCACAAUGGCGCUGUUCUUGGAAUGGAGGAUGCUCCCAUUACUCCUUUUACUAGGGAUAUGUCAGCAUCUGGAGAUGGCAUUGUUGCAGGUCUAAUAAGAAUGCUUACGGUUCAGCCAGAUCUUAUGAACGAUAAAGGGUACCUGGAACGCACAGCAAGAUAUGCAAUUGAGUGUGGAGUUAUUGAUCAAUGGUUGCUGGCACGAAGCAGAGGAUAUCCUCCAAAAGAUGACAUGGAAGACGAAGAGCAAGAUGAUGAUGAUGAAGAAGAAGAAGAUGGAGUGGAGUCAGAUCCAGACGGUAUAAGAUCGAUAACAGAGAAGGAAUACAAAACCUCGAAGCCUUACGAUGAACCAGAUGGUCCAUACGUUAUGAAACCAGUAGAGGAGAGAGAAUACCGGAAGCUAGAGCUUGUUGGCUCAAUGGGUGAAGAUGAUGACAGUUCUUGA